CCGUAAGCACACAACAAAACCUUGCUUGUUACACACAGAACGGCCUAGUUCGAAUUUUGAAGGUCACACGCACCAUACCAUCCCAAUUAAUGUCGGUCGACAUGAGCAACCAUUCGAUUACCUCCCAGUCGUCGUGCUCAUCGUAGUUAGAUUAGACAUAAUUUUGUUUUUCUGCCGCAACACAAAAUUGUCAGCUGUUUUGUUCAGUCAGUCAGACUGUCUUGGCAAACAAGUGGUAGUGAUAAUUUCACGUUCAUUCAUUAGUUCAGCCCAUUUAGUGCAUUCAAAACGUAAAUCGUACAAAUAUGUUACCAAGAACGAUCGACCGGUCUGUGCAUCAUCUUCACUCGCUGGCAAAUAGCGGAUUGAAUUCAGGCAAUCGACUGUUAUCACCUGCACUCCGAUUUUACUCACAAAAUGCAAAACAGAAAUAUGACAUUGUGGUUCUCGGGGGCGGUAUUGUUGGGACGGCUUCGGCGAGAGAGAUUUUGCUCCGACACCCUUCCCUGAAGGUUGCCAUUGUGGAAAAAGAGCCUAAGCUGGCUGUCCACCAGAGUGGACAUAAUAGCGGAGUAAUUCACGCGGGAAUCUACUACAAACCUGGUUCGUUGAAGGCAAAACUAUGUGUACAAGGUCUGCAUCUGAGCUAUAAAUAUUUCGAUGAGAAAAAAAUUCCGUACAAGAAAGUGGGCAAAUUGAUUGUCGCAACGAAUGACAUAGAGGUGGAACGAUUGCAAGACCUAUACAAGCGAUCACUUGCAAACAAUGUGCCUGAUGUACAGGUUGUCGAUGCAAAACGUAUCAAAGAGAUCGAACCCUACUGCGAAGGUGUGCAAGCUAUAUGGUCUCCGCACACGGGAAUUGUUGACUGGAGUCUGGUGACUCAGUACUAUGCCAAAGAUUUUAAGGAUGCCGGAGGAGAUGUAUAUCUGAAUUUCAACGUAUCCAAGUUCGAAGAAGUCAGUGACCCGGAUUAUCCGACGUUGUUGAGAAGCAAGGACAACCACACUGUUCAGUCGAGAUACAUUCUUACCUGUGGAGGUCUGCAAUCCGACAAGGUAGCUGAACUGACUGGGUGUUCUUCAGUUCCGAAAAUAGUUCCUUUCCGAGGAGAAUACCUGCUGCUGAAUCCGGAUAAAUGCCACAUGGUUAAGGGAAAUAUUUAUACUGUACCCGAUCCUAGAUUCCCUUUUCUGGGAGUGCACUUUACUCCACGUAUGGAUGGAAGUGUUUGGCUUGGUCCAAACGCUGUAUUGGCAUUUAAGCGAGAAGGUUAUCGUUGGUCUGACUUCAAUCUCUCCGAAUUUCUAGAUGCAAUUAAGUUCCCAGGCCUAAUAAAAAUGAGUAUGAAAUUCAUGGGAGCUGGUAUUCAAGAAAUAACCAAAUCCGCCAUAAUUCCACUGCAAGUCAAAGAAUUGCAAAAGUACAUCCCAAACAUUCACGAAUAUGAUGUCAAACGAGGACCUGCGGGUGUUCGGGCGCAAGCUCUAGAUAAUGAUGGAAAUCUAGUCGACGAUUUUGUCUUCGAUCAUGGUAAGGGUAAUAGUGCCCUUGCCAAAAACAUUCUUCACUGCAGAAACGCACCGUCGCCUGGAGCGACUAGUUCCUUGGCUAUUGCCAAAAUGAUUGCGGACAAAAUCGAGAGUGAAUUUAAUAUUAAGUGAACUGGUAUUGUUUUUGUCAGACUUAUGCGCGACCUAGAACCGAAUAGUGAUUGUAAGCAUAUUAGCAACCGGACAAUAUUCAAAUGCCUUUGUUAGUUGUUUUUAUAUUGAAGUAUUUUGUAAUCUAAGAACGAUGUAAUUAUAAUGCUAAGUAAACUGAACUAAUUGUGUUUAGUGUUGUUUGACUAAUUUAUUGAAAUCUGUUACAAACGGAAUAUCCCGAGGGGCUUUAUAUUCAAAACAAUUU